ACACGUACCAAGACAGGCGAACAUAGUUGCAGUCCUAACCCUACCAAAAACAACGACACUCAUAGUUAAGACAGGUCCUUGUUCAACUGCGCAUAUCUGCUUCACCAUGCACUAUAAAUGGGCAACGUAUUUGUGGGGGUUAAGGUUACCAAGGCACGUUUGUCUCUGCAUGCAAGCGGUCGCCCAUACAAAAUCUAUGCUAAACAGUAUAUAAAUAAAGAGGGCCAGCUCUUGAUUGCGAGCCUACGUUAAAAUUUGGAUUUGCGGGUGAUUCUUCCGUCGGCGGCGACUAUGGAGGAGAUCGGUUUCCGGAGGUGGUGGGGUUCGCUCCGGGGGUGGUUGGCCGCAGCAGUUCGCUUGCUCUUCUUGCUCUCGGCUUGUUCCACGGUGGCGACAGUAAGAGAAGUUCGAGCGAACCCAUACCCUGCGGUCCAGCUGCAAGUGCAAAAUAAUCAGGUGCUGAUGGACAAUGGGAUUGUGGAGGUUACAUUCUCAAAUCCAGAAGGGGAGGUCACGGGCAUCAAGUUCAACGGGAUCGAUAACCUCCUUGAGCCUCGCAAUAGUGAAACCAAUAGAGGGUACUGGGACAUUGUGUGGAACCGGCCAGGGGAAGCCAGCAUGUUUACGAGGAUUGAGGGAACUGCGUUCGACGUGGUAGCGAACACCGACGACGUGGUCGAGGUGUCAUUCGUCAGCCGAUGGAGCAAUUCUUCAGAGUCGUACUUGGCCCCGCUCAUCGUCGACAAGAGAUUUGUAGUGAGACGUGGGAGUUCAGGGUUCUAUGGGUACGCGAUAUUUGAGCACCCAAAGGGAUGGCCUGACUUGGACGUCGGAGAAGCCCGGAUUGCUUUCAAGCUCAAUGGACAAAAGUUUCAUUAUAUGGCUAUAUCGGAUGAGAGGCAAAGGGUUAUGCCGACAGCAGAAGAUCGGACGAGUGGUCGCAUACUAGACUACCAGGAAGCUGUACUCUUGACUAAUCCUUCCAAUUCCGAGCUCGAAGGCGAGGUGGACGAUAAGUACCAGUACUCAUGCGAGAACCAGGAGAACAAGGUGCACGGAUGGAUCAGCAGCGAUCCGCCGGUGGGAUUCUGGAUGAUCACACCCGGUCACGAGUCUCACUCCGCCGGGCCUGUCAAGCAAGACCUCACUUCCCAUGUCGGACCAACCACACUCAACGUGUUUUAUAGCAACCACUAUGCGGGGAAGGACGUGUACUUGAGUUUCCGGAAUGGAGAGGAGUGGAAGAAGGUCUACGGACCCUUCAUGGUCUACUUCAACUCGGUGUCGCCUGAGGAAGACCAAUCAAGGCUUUGGGCGGACGCAAAGGGGCAGAUGUUGCUGGAAACUGCAAGUUGGCCCUAUGACUUCAUCCAUUCGGAUGAUUACCCUUCCGCCAACGAACGUGGAUCCGUCGGCGGUCAACUAUCUGUUCGGGAUAGAUACAAGAAAAAUAGUGACAUGGUGGCGGACACGGCAUACGUAGGGUUGGCAGCACCGGGAGAGGUUGGUUCGUGGCAAACAGACACGAAGGGUUAUCAGUUCUGGACUCGAGCAGACGAGAACGGAUCUUUCAAAAUUAGGAAUGUCCGGCCCGGCGUUUACGGCUUGUAUGCAUGGGUUCCCGGUUUCAUCGGGGACUACAGAUACCAUCUAAAUGUCACAGUCAAGCCAGGAUCUGAAGUCGAAUUGGGUGCUCUGGUUUUCAGCCCUCCAAGAUCUGGUCCCACGUUGUGGGAAAUUGGCAUCCCCGAUCGAACGGCAGCUGAAUUCUACGUGCCCCUACCAAAUCCAUGGUUAAUGAAUAAAGUGUUCAAAAACAACACCGAAGAGAGGUUCCGACAGUACGGACUAUGGGAACGAUAUUCGGAAUUAUACCCUGAAAACGAUCUCGUCUACACUGUUGGCGUCGACAACUACCGCAUAGACUGGUUUUUCGCUCAUGUCACCCGGAACAUAGGGAAUUCAACAUACGUGCCAACAACAUGGAGGAUUGACUUUAAUCUUCACAAUGUGAACUUUAGAGGGACCUACAGACUUCAAAUGGCAGUAGCAUCGGCGACCCAGUCUCAUAUAUCGAUCCGGGUCAACGGCCCGAGCGGGCAACCACUCUCGUCGACGGGCCGUUUCGGCUAUGACAACGCCAUCGCGAGGCACGGGAUCCAUGGUCUGUACUGGACGUUCAGCUUCGACGUGCCGGGCUCUCACCUACGCCGGGGAGCCAACUCCGUCUAUCUCGCUCAGUCUUCAUCGGCCAGGACGCCCUUUGAAGGCGUGAUGUACGACUACAUUCGUUUCGAAGGCCCUCCAAGAACUUAAUUGAACUUCUUCAAUUGUAUAGAGUUCACGCACAUAGCCUUUUUUAUCAAAAUUCAUGCUAUUUUUCACAAGGUUAGAUUAGAUGUAAGGCGUUUUAAGAUUCUUUUUCGGCGAUGAGUCGAUGAUGAUCUUAUUCAAGAAGGGUUGAGGUUCGAUUAUACAGAAAGUGAUUGUUUGUUACAUUUGAUACUUCAGUUGAAUUGAUUUAUACUACUCAUUU